AUGGAAUCUCUUCCUACCUUUCCUCCAAACGCAAAUCAAACGGAACUUCCUCCUUCCAUUGGGGACACUCCAGAAUACAUGAUCAUAGAUGAUCCCCCCAACCUAGCAGCCGCUUCAGGACCAGCACCAUCUGCUGCAACGAAGGAACUUCCUCCCUUUGAAGGGGAAACCCCAGAGUACUUUACACACAAUGAUUAUAGUAAUGAGGAGGAGAAGGAUUCGACCGAUGUCAAUGCGCUCCCUGAAGAUGGAUUCACAUAUGUAGCCAAAGCAGAAGACCCCCCUGAAGAUACUGACCUCCCUGAAGAUGGUCUGACAAAUGUCGCCGAAGAAGAAGCGGAAGAUGUUGAUAACGAUCACGACCACGACCACGACCAUGAAGAUGGCAUCGCGGGUCACACCCAUGACGACGGCACAAUCUUCGACCAUUCCCAUGAAGAAGACGGACCUACUAGCUGGAAUGAAGACACUAGCAAGGUUGGUGACAUGGAUCCCGACAAAAUUAUUCCAGGAGUACCUCCUCCUCCACCUCCCAUGGGCGACGCAGCAGGUGGAUAUAUUCCCGUUCUGGAAUAUGAUGGCAGCGAUAAUCCUUUCGAAACCAAGGCGGGAGAUCCAGCCAUGGACAAUAUGAUUGUUCGACCCGAAGGUGAAUCAUCAUCAUCUCAAACUACCGUACCCACGGAUAUGAAUUCUCUGGAAGCAGAAAUGGAAAAUUUCUUGAAUGGCGAAAUGGAAGAAAUUGAAGGAACAACGGCUGGAGAUUCGACGACGGUACCACCGACCGAUUUGGAUUCCAUUGAAGCUGCCAUGGAGGAUGUCAUUGACGAAUCCGUCAAGGAAUGGAAUGAAGUUGGCGAGGGAACUCAUCCACCGACCGAUUUGGAUUCCAUCGAAGCUGGUAUGGAAGACUUUAUCGACGAAUCGGUCAAGGAAUGGGAUUCUAAAGGAAAUUCCACUGCCAUUGCGAGUGGCGAUGAGGAUGAUGGCGAAGAUGGUGAUGAAUCCGAGGAUGCUGAUGCUGCUUCGACAGAUGAUGACGAGGAUGCUGACGAAAGCAGUGAUGACGAUGAUGAAGACGGCGACAGUGACAGUGACGAAGGUCUUACACAGCAAGUAGAAGAAGCAACAACAGUGCCCACCGAUCUGGAGUCCAUUGAAGCCGAAAUGACAGACUUUAUUGACGAAUCGAUCAAAGAAUGGAAUGCGAAAGGCAACGCCACCGCCGUUGAAAGCGGUGAUGGUAAGGAUUUGGACGGGGAUGAUGGUGAAGAAGAAGAAGACGAAGAUGGAGACUCCGAUGAAGACAGUGACGAAGACGGCGAAGAAUCUGAAGAUGACGAUGGUGACGAAGAGGACCAAGAAGACGAGGAUGGCGAUGAAUCCGAGGAUUCUGACGAAAGCAGUGAAGACGAAGAUGCUGACGAUAUUAGCCCUAACGAGGACAAUGUCGGAGUCGAAGGCAGCCCAGCUAUCAAACCACCUGGAGCCGAAGGCAAGAAAGAUGGAAUCGAGGAAAUGCUGGAUGACGAUGGCACGAAAUCCGCUUUGUUUGGAACUCCUACCUUGGCACCGACUGGCAAGAUGGUAUGGAACGACGCUGCUCCAGUUUUCAAACCUGAAUUACCGGCUACCCAAGAGUGCUCUCUCUCUUCUUAUUCUAUCCAAGCGUGCAUGAAGAACACAUACGUUCUUGGUGGAGUCGGGUCAAUUCUUCUUCUUCUCUUGCUCUGCAUCUGCCGAAAAUGUUGCUGUCGGUCAAGUCGAGCUGACGAACGAGGGCAGUAUCGACAAGUUGCGGCCCAAUAUGGUGACAUGAAGUACGACAAUACGUUUAGUGAUGAUUACUCGGCUGGAUCGGCAGGAGAUAUUGAACUGUCUCUUGCCGAGAUGAACGGUUAA